AUGGCGGAACUAGGUAACAUCACAAAAUUACCAUUUAAACCUGAUCAUGAGGUGCUCCCUGACAAUUUUAAGGUUUGUGAAGGACGGCUUAAAUCACUAAAGAAUAAGUUGGCUGCGAGUAACAUUUUGCAUGAAUACAAUCAAAUAUUCUCGGAGUAUGAAGAAAACGGUAUAAUAGAGCGUGUUCCAUCAGCUGAGGUUGCAAGGGAAACAGGGCAAGUACACUACCUUCCCCAUAGGCCGGUUAUACGUAAUGAUAAACAGACUACCAAAAUACGCGCGGUAUUUGAUGCCUCAUGUGAAGUCAGUGGUCCUUCUUUAAAUGAAUGCCUUUAUUCAGGUCCUAACCUGAUAGCUAAGAUUUUUGACAUUUGCUUAGGUUUAGAUUGAAUAAGAUUGGGGUAUUAACUGACAUAAAAAACGUUUCUAAAUGUUGGUAUAGAUGCACAGCAUAGAGACUACCUUACAUUUUUGUGGUAUGAGUUGCAAGCUGAGGAUGAGCAGGUAGUAAUUUACAGGUUUUUAAGAGUAGUUUUCGGAAUUACGAGUAGUCCAUUCUUAUUGAAUGGGACUAUACGACAUCACCUCAGUAAUUACUUAGAGAAAGAAAGAGAAAUAGCACAGCGAGUUAUAGAUGAUCUUUAUGUUGAUGAUUUGGUUAGUUGCUGUAAUAAACUUGAGGAGGGUAAAGCCCUAUAUGAUAGAAGUAAGGCAAUUUUAUCUGAAGCCGGUUUUAAUUUGCGCAAAUGGGUCACCAAUGACAAAGAAUUAGCAGGGUACAUUGCGUCAAGGGAAAACGGAGACAACAAUUUACUAGGUAAAGAUAAUGACAUGACUUAUUUUGAGGCAACAUCACCAAACGUCACUGUCGAGCAUGAAGUUGUUUUAGGUGUAGAGUGGGACACAACCUCUAAUGAAUUAAUAUUUCGUUUCGACGAUUUGAUUUCAAAAUGUGCCACCGUUAAACACACGAAAAGGAAUAUGUUGAGCAUUUCUGCUUCUAUUUUCGACCCAUUAGGUUUCAUUGCUCCAGUCACUGCCAAAAUCAAAACCAUUUUUCAGUUGCUUUGCAAAGAUAAAUUGGACUGGGAUGAAAUUAUACCUGAAAAAAUUGCGGAUGUUUGGACCAAAUUUGUCGAGGAAUUAAAACAGCUCGCGGAAGUACGGCAUAGUCGGUUUGUGUUUACAUCUAAUUUUUCCUCCGGUAGUCGUAUAGAGCUUCAUGGUUUCUGUGAUAGCUCUAAAGAAGUUUACUGUGCGGUUGUCUACCUACGGCUUGUCUAUCAGGGCGCGGUCCAUGUAUGUUUUUUAGCUUCAAAAACUAAGGUAGCUCCCUUAAAAACACUCACGAUUCCUCGGUUAGAACUCUUGGGGUGCUUACUCCUUAGCAAAUUAAUUCGCGAAGUACUCAUAGGAGUUGAAAACCGAAUUAAUUUGCAUGAUAUAUUCUGUUGGACUGAUUCCGAGGUUGCUCUUUGUUGGGUUAAUGGGAAGGAGAAGAGUUGGGAACCUUGGAUUGAGAAUAGGGUUGUGGCUAUAAGGAAAGUGGUGGAUCGUGAGAAGUGGCAUUUUGUUAGGGGUGAGGUAAAUCCUGCUGAUAUCCCUACUCGACUGUCUUCAAAUUUAAAAGAUUCUUUUUCGGGCUGUUGGUUUAAGGGACCUUUGAUGUUGUGGUCACAGGAGUUGGAAGUUGACAGGGUAAAAGCUAGUUGUGGUAACGAAAACUCUUUGGUUGGGAGGGUUGAUGUAGAAGUUCCUACUAAAGUUGUCAACUUCAGUAACACGACAGCGAAGGGCAUGCCUAACAACAGCAGAUGUUCAAUUAGUGCUGUCAUUGAUUGCACUCGUCACAGUUCAUCGAAGAAAAUGCUACUAACAACUGGCUACGUAAUGUGAUUUGUGAACAAUUUAAAGAAGCGAGUGAGAAAAGUAGAUGGUGAUAUCGUCAAUGAUAGUGUACUGACAGUCGAUGAAUAUAAUAAAGCUUUAGAGAUGUGGAUAAAGGAAGAGCAGAUACUGAUGAAAGAACAAGCAAACUAUACUAAUCUUUGUGCUUCACUGCGGUUGUUCGAAGACAAGGUUGGACUUAUGCGUUUAAAGGGACGGUUUGCAAAUUCAUCUUUAGAGUACGAGGAACAACACCCGGUAAUACUUCGUAGCAAGGACAAUAGUUACUUUACUCGUCUAAUUAUUUUGGAUGCGCAUAUAUGA